AUGAGCGACUUCUUCUCGAGCGUCUCCGGCUGGUUCGACGACCGCGUCGCGGACGUCGCCGUCGCUUUCGAGCGAUGCGGGUCGUCCUGGAAUCGCGGCCGCGCGGAGGCGACCGCGAAGCGCGAAGCCUCCGCGCGAAAGACGGGCAUCGUGACCGAACGCGACGCCGGCCUGACCGCGCUGCCGGCGUACGUCCCGUCGCUCGGCGACGCCGCGCGCGUGGUCGACGUCAGCGCGAACGCGAUCGCGGCGCUCGACGACGCGUGCUUCGCGUCGCUCGUCAAGGCGCACAAGCUCAACGCGUCGUUCAAUCGACUCCGAUCGUUGCCGAGCUCGCUGUGCGCGAUGCGCGCGCUGAGGACGCUCCGACUGGAGGGGAACAAACUCCGCGAGCUGCCGCGCGAGAUCGGGUCGCUCGCGAAGUUGACGGAGCUCGUCGUCAGCGACAACGAGCUGACGCGCGUGCCCGCGAGCGUGCGGACGCUGACGCGCCUGACGCGCCUGGACUUGGCGCGGAAUAACAUCGCCUUUCGCGCCGGCGACGACGACGAGAGAGACGACGACGACGAGAGAGACGACGACGACGACGACGCGGUCGCGGCGGGGUCGAACGGGCGAAUAUCGGAGGGUGCCGAGGGUGCAGAGGGUGCCGACGGCGCCGACUCCGGGUUGCGACAUCUCGGCGCGUGCGUCGCGUUGGUCGAGCUUCGCCUAGACGGCAACCCGGCGGUGACGGCGACGCCGCGCGCGUUCGGACGCCUGCGCGCGCUCAAGACGCUCGGUCUCGACCGCACGGGCGUGACCGCGGUGCGUGAGGACGUCCUGCUCGGGUGUGCGUCGCUGACGACGCUCUCGCUGCGAGGCUGCGUCGCGUUGGACGCGGCGCGGUUGAGGGAGACGAACGGAUGGGACGCGUACGAGCGGCGGCGCGCCGAGGGCGAGACGAAGCGCAUCGUCGGCGGGGUGAUGCUCGGGAGGGACGGAUUGGACGACGGGAUGUUCCACGCGCGCGCGGUGCACGAGGUGAACGCGUCGCGGUACGCCGCCGUCGCGGACGCGGUCGCGAACGCGCGGAACCCCGAGGACUACGUCCCCGCGUUCGGCAAGCGCGCGAUGGCGUCGAUGAUGCGCACGCUCACGACGACGUGGACGACGUGGGGCGAGCACCCGCGCGGGAGCUGGCGCGGGCGCGCGCACGCCGCCGGGACCGCCGUCCUCGAGAGCAUCGAUCCGGAGGAGAGCAGCUUAGGGGAGCUGCCCGCGAUCGCGUCGAGCGCGGAGGUGGCGUAUCCGUCGCGCGCGUCGCGCGAGGAGACGCGCGCGCAUCUCGAGACGCUCGCGACGCGCGGCGCGAGCGCGUGCCGACGGCGGAUGUGGUGGAACCUAUUCGCGUGCCCGUUCACGCUCCCGCUGUUCCUGACCCCGCUGUCGAACCUGCCGAUCUACUGGUUCGGAUGGCGCGCGUACGACAACUGGAGGGCGGUGAACGGCGCGAAGGCGCUGCGCGGGGCGAUGGCGGCGGCGGACGACGGCGGCGGCGUCGUCGUCGACGAAGAGCGAUGGGUGGAAGCGGGGAAGAAGUGCGACGGCUCCGCGGGCGGCGCGGUGUGCUGCCGCGUGAAGACGCACGCGCUGAGCGACGCCCCCGGGGUGUUGUUCGUGCCGUGCGAUUUAUUGAACGGCGUCGAGGGUGGCGUCGUGCGCGUGGAUGGCGAGGGCGACGCGGAGGAAGACGCGAGGGACGAAAAAAAAAAACUCGUCUUCGACGCCGACGCGGCGGCGGCGUUCGAGCGGGCAACCGGCGCGCUCGGCGUCGGCGAUCUCGUGCGGCGGUACUCGAAUAGGAAGCCGCCGGCGGCGGCGUAG